GCCAGAGGCGGGGCGAGAGCCCAGAGGGGGUUUAGGAUUGCGGAAGUUUUGUGAGAAGGGUCGGGCGGCUCUCGAAGCGCCGUUUGGUUUUGGAAGUUCCAGAGAGGAAGCCGCUGCUCGGGGUCCGAGAGCCCCCAGCCUGCACACGUUUGGGGCAACACCGGGCGCGAUUCGACGUCGCCGCUGUUGGCUUCCUCUGCCCUCGUUCCUCCCCAGAGAAUCUCCUCGGGUCUCCGCCAUGACAUCCACCUCGCCCAACCUCCAGAAAGCAAUAGAUCUUGCUGGCAAAGCAGCCCAGGAAGACAAAGCUGGGAACUAUGAGGAAGCUCUUCAACUCUACCAACACGCUGUUCAGUAUUUUCUUCAUGUAGUUAAAUAUGAAGCGCAGGGUGAUAAAGCCAAGCAAAGUAUCAGGGCAAAGUGUACAGAAUAUCUUGAUAGAGCAGAAAAACUAAAGGAGUACCUGAAAAAGAAAGAGAAAAAUCCACAGAAGCCAGUGAAAGUGGGACAGCCAAGUCCAGCUGACGAGAAGGGGAAUGACAGUGAUGGGGAAGGAGAAACUGAUGAUCCUGAAAAAAAGAAACUACAGAAUCAACUUCAAGGUGCCAUUGUUAUAGAGCGACCAAAUGUGAAAUGGAAUGAUGUUGCUGGUCUCGAAGGAGCCAAAGAGGCACUUAAAGAGGCUGUGAUAUUGCCUAUUAAAUUCCCUCAUCUUUUUACAGGCAAGAGAACGCCUUGGAGGGGAAUUCUGUUAUUUGGGCCACCUGGAACAGGAAAGUCCUACUUAGCCAAAGCUGUAGCAACAGAAGCAAACAACUCCACGUUUUUUUCAGUAUCUUCCUCUGACCUUGUCUCAAAGUGGCUAGGUGAAAGUGAAAAGCUAGUUAAGAACUUAUUCCAACUUGCUAGAGAGAGUAAACCUUCCAUUAUCUUCAUUGAUGAAAUUGAUUCUCUGUGCGGCUCAAGAAGUGAAAAUGAAAGCGAAGCUGCCCGUAGAAUUAAGACGGAGUUCCUAGUUCAAAUGCAAGGUGUUGGUAUAGACAAUGAUGGAAUUUUGGUUCUGGGAGCUACAAAUAUACCCUGGGUUCUGGAUUCUGCCAUUAGAAGAAGAUUUGAGAAACGAAUUUAUAUUCCUUUGCCUGAGGCCCAGGCCCGAGCAGCGAUGUUUAAACUGCACUUGGGGACCACUCAGAACAGUCUCACAAAAACAGACUUCCAAGAACUCGGGAAGAAAACAGACGGAUAUUCGGGGGCAGACAUAAGUGUCAUUGUGCGCGAUGCGCUGAUGCAGCCUGUUAGAAAAGUGCAGUCAGCUACUCAUUUUAAAAAGGUGUGCGGACCUUCACGAGAUGAUCCCAACAAAAUAAUAGAUGACCUGCUAACACCCUGUUCUCCUGGUGACCCUGGGGCCAUUGAAAUGACAUGGAUGGACGUUCCUGGGGAUAAACUUUUGGAGCCAAUUGUUUGCAUGUCGGAUAUGUUACGGUCCCUAUCUAACACAAAACCCACAGUCAAUGAACAUGACUUGUUGAAAUUAAAGAAGUUUACAGAAGAUUUUGGCCAAGAAGGCUAAACCAAAGACAACGAGGAAGACAUUACCAUGCGUGUUCUUUAUUUCGUAGGUACUUUUGCCUUUCUUGGAUGGCAUUCAGAUUAUUUCCAGUAAAACUCUUUUACCACAGGGAAAUACAGAUCUCACUCCAGAGUUCCUUUAAUUUUAUAUGUAUUUUUGCUCCAUUACCAGUUAAAUGCUCCUGUUAACAAAAAUUAUAAAAUAAUGGAUAAUAAGGAGCGGGCGCCUGGGUGGCUCAGUUGGUUAAGCGACUGCCUUCGG